AUGCCAAGGAAUAACAAUAAACAAAUAAUGACAAUAUUUGAAAAUAGAAUCUAUAGAGUAAUAAUAGAAUAUCUUUGGUUUGAUAGUAAGAAUAAGAGUUAUGCAAGAUCAUUGUGUUUGGUCAAUUGGUACUUCCACCGUGUCAUAUGCUCUUUAAAUGUUAGUUUUAAAGGUAGUUUCAAAGAUUUAAACGAGUUGUUCACUCAUCAUUUUCAGAAACAAUCAUCAUCAGAUUCAUCGUCAUCACAACAAUUAAACAAAUGUGCAUUGUUUAGUUCUUUGACAGAGUUAAGAAUUGGUAGACAUUACUAUAGAGAACCUAUACCAUAUGAUGAUCUGAAAAUGAUUUUACCGAACAUUCGAUCUUUUUCCAGUUUAAGACCACGUGAAUACAAAUUGAUGGUUGAAAAUGGAAUGCACUCACUCGACUAUUUGGAAGUAAAUACAGAUACAGAAAUUGAUUUGUAUGCAGAAAAGUUUCAGUUGUUGUCAUCCAACUUGAAACAUCUAAAGAUGGUCGUGCACCGAGUAGAUUCCCUCUGUCAUCAAUUCGAAACUUACUUUCCAUUCACUAGAUAUCUGGUGUCAGAAGCAUUUCAAAAGUUGACAUCUCUCGACAUCGUAGAUACCAAUACACUUGGCAGUUAUUGUUACUUUAUGGCCGAUAGUAGAGAUUCAUCGAUAUUGUUUGAUGGUCUCCUCAAUUUUCAAUCUCUUCAACACUUGGGUUUCACAUUCGCUUAUGAUAUAGUAGUAAAGACCGAGUUCCAUGAUGUACUUCUCGAAUACCUAAAGAAGCAAAAGACAUUGAGAAGCUUCCACUUUCCACACAGGUUUCAUCAAGAAAAUAACCGUUGUUUAAGGCAUCUCUUGAAGAAAUCAUCGAUUGAACAAAUCUCUGUUAAUAUUUGUGAACUGAUUUAUUGGGAGUUUCCAAAUAUCAAUCGAAACAACCUCAAGAAAUUGAGAGUCAUAUCAGAUCUAAACAACAGGUUGGAUUAUGGUAAUUUAGCAAGCGUAAAACAUGUUAAAAUCAUUCAAACCAAUUCAGAAUGGUCUAAACUCUACGAAAUCAGAUCUCUUUUAGAAUCACAACAAGAAGAGCAAGCUUUAAAAGGAUUCCAUGCAAACAGAGUAUUAAAACUCAAAUAA